AUGAAAGUCUUAAACCUCAGUCGGGGGUUUCUGCUGCUCCUGCUGCUCUGGACCUUCUCAGCCGUCCUGGAAGCUGCGGGUGUUUCCACCACAGAGCGAGAAAGAACAGGAAGGAGCCAGAGGAGAGGAGGAAGAGGCGGUGGCGCUGGUGGUGCAGAAAGGAGAAGGAAGUAUCACCGCAUCCAACACGGUCAGUGCAGCUACACCUUCAUCCUGCCAGAGCUGGAGGGAUGUCAGGGCGGAGGAUCGCCAGCUCAGAGUGAGCAGUAUGGAAGCUCUCGCAGCGGGGGGAGCGUGGUGCAGAGAGACUCCCCACCGAUAGAUGGAGAACUGUCGACUCAGAAACUGCAGCAGCUGGAGAGCACGAUGGAGAACAACACGCAGUGGCUGCAGAAGUUGGAGAGCGUCAUUCAGAGGAACAUAAAGCCGGGUGUCCCCAACAUACCUCCACACAUCGUUCACAACCAAACAGCCACCAUGCUGGAGAUCGGGACUAACCUCCUCACACACACGGCAGAGCAGACCCGCAAACUCAACGUGGUGGAGGCGAAGGUGCUGAACCAGACGUCCCGGAUAGAGAUCCAGCUGCUGGAGAAUUCUCUGUCCACCAACAAGCUGGAGAAGGAGCUGCUGCUGCAGACGUCUGAGCUUGACCGGCUACGAGACAAGAACAGUCGUCUGGAGAGUAAAGUUCAGAUGUUGGAGUCUCUGCAGAAAGGAGAGCUGGAGGACAUGAGAGAGGAGAAAACCCGACUGCAGUCUGUGGUCAGGACUCAGAUGGCAGCCAUCGACUCUUUGGAGAGGCAGCUGAGAGUCGCCAGCAGCAACAACACGGCUCUGCAGAGGCAGCAGGCUCAGCUCAUGGAGUCUGUCCACACACUCAUCAACAUGGUGGUGACUACAGGGUCACCUCCUAGGAGCCAGAUGUGGAAGGACUGUGCCGAUGCCUACAAAGGCGGUCACUCCGUCAGUGGUCUGUAUCACAUUUACAUCGGCAACAGGACAGAACCUGUGCAGGUGUUCUGUGACAUGGAGACGGCUGGUGGAGGCUGGACAGUCUUCCAGCGGAGGUUCAAUGGCAGUGUGGACUUCCAGAGGAGCUGGAGGGAGUACAAAAUGGGUUUUGGGGACGUGCUGGGGGAGCACUGGUUGGGUAAUGAAGCAUUGUACCUGAUGAGCAGUCAGGGUCAGUACUCUCUGAGGGUGGAGCUCAGAGACUGGGACGGACACCCGGCUUACUCCCAGUAUGACCGGUUCACACUGACUGGUGAGAGACAGCAGUACAGGUUGUAUCUAAGAGGUUACAGUGGAACAACAGGUAGACAGAGCAGCCUGGCUACUCAUGGGAUGAGCUUCAGCACCCGAGACCAAGACAAUGAUAACUGUGACCACUGCAAGUGUGCCCUCAUGCUCUCUGGAGGUUGGUGGUUUGAUGCCUGUGGUUUCUCCAACCUAAAUGGUAUGUACUACUCUAUGGGCCACAACAUCAGGAAGUUGAACGGCAUAAAGUGGCACCACUUCAGAGGCCCCAGCUACUCCCUGCGCUCCACCUCCAUGAUGAUUCGACCCUAUGACUUCUAACAGCAGUUAAACCGUUGAGCCUGAGGACUGUACAGCAUCAGGAUUGGUACGGUGCCCAGCCUUGGGCCCUUAAAUAUGAUGAUCGUGCAACACUCUGAGCUAGGACCAUCGAGUAUCAUGAUAAUAAGAUUGUCUGUCAUCCCAGCAUCCUGUAUCAUGACGGUGUAAACUUCAGUGUUGGGAUUGCUACCCUCAGGUGCAGGACCUUUCAGUAUUGAGCAAGCCUCAGCCAAAGGACCGACCAGUAUCCUAAUGGAACAACCCCCUGGCAUUUGCUUGCUCUGUACAAUAAUGGCAGGAUUUUGCUAUGGGUCCUACCACCGAAAUGAUGGUGUGAUCCUCUAACGUAUGACUCUCCUGCAUCACAAUGGUGCCACCCCAGGCUCUAUGAUCAUCAAGUAUCUUAAUGUUAAAGCUUCCUGCCUAAGGACUGUACAACAUCCAGAUGCUUAAUUUAGACCAUCCAGUAUCAUGAUGGUGUGGUUCCCUGCCUUGGGUUCAUACUGUAAACAUUUGGCAUGAACCUCUAACUUAUGUCUCCUUAGUACCAUGAUGUACCCACCUUCAGCCCAAGGACCAUCAAACAUCAUGGUGAUAGGACCUUCUACCAUAAGACAACCCAGUAUCUUAACAAAAUGACCCUAUGGCCCAGUACCAUCCAGUAUCAUAAUGGAAGAAAACGAUUGACUAGUGUCAUAAUGCCAUGACCCUUUAGUCUGGGAUCGUCAAACACCAUAAAGGAACGACCCUCAUCGUGAGAGUCUGACAUUCAUCUUUAGGACAGACCCUCAGGCGAGGACUGUGCAGUAUCGCGAUGGUGCUAAACUCUUCCUCAGGACCAUAGAGUAUCAUGGUGGUAUAGCCCCCUGCCUUGGGACUGUCCUGUAUCACCUUACAGCCUUACAAUCAUCUACUAUCAUGAUGGUAUGACUUCAGCCUUUGACCCAGUUUUGUAUGGAUAAACUCUUCUGCCCAAGGACCAUCCAACAUGAUGUUGGUAUGACACUCUACCACUGGACAACUCAGUGUUGUAAGGGGGUGACCUAUCCCCUUAGAUCAUUGUGACACAUAUAAUGGCACAAAACUUUUGCCUAAGGAUAAUCCAUUACCACAAUGGUACAAAUAAACUUUAGGGCCAUUUAGUGUCUUGAUGCGUUUGCCUCCUGCCUAUGGACUUGCUACUAUAAAAAGAUGGUAAGACCCUCAUCCUUUGACUGCUCAGCAUCAUGAGGUUAUGACGGUCAGCCUUUGACUGUUCAGUAUCACAAGGUUAUGAAUUUCAGCCUUGGGGAGGAUGCAUUAUCAAAACUGUAAACCCUCUGCCCAAGGAUCAUCCAGCAUUAUGAUUGUACAGCUCUCUACCAAAGGACAGUCCAGUAUCAUAAUCCAAUGACUUUUUAUUUUGGGACCAUGCAGCAUCACACCGGUAGAUAACUUUUGCUUUCAGGUCAUACAGUGGGACUGUAGGACUGUCUUGUCACAUGAUGUCAUGAACCUCUGCUCUCUCAGAUAUACUUAAAUAUGACUUUACAAAGAAGCCAGUGGACAGACUUCUGGACUUCACAAGUAUUAAAGACUUAAAAGAAGUCGAAAGAAAUGGGUAAUCAUUACAUUGAUGGACAUUUGUCAUUAGCUGAACUGUUUUGUUUUUGUUGUUGUUUUUUCAUUUUGGUGGUCAGGACAAAUACCAGCUUAUGCAUCAUUACAAGUGAAGGUUAAUGGUUCCACAGUGAAUAACUAGACAGGGUAUGUUUGAAUGUGAGUGAAUGUGACUUUGAAUAAAAGUUUUCUGUCUGCUUCAGAAAAAUGUUUUCUCACAAUGAAAUAAAAGACUAAAUCCUGCAGUACAUUACUGUCUUUUAAAGCCAACAGCAAUCAAUAGGCAUGAAUAACAUUAUGCCUUUGUGUUCACCAACCUUCCAAUAGUAUGCUUUAAUUUGCCUCAGACUGCUAAUACUGUGAGAAUGAUUUGUGUCAGUGACCGCAGU